AUGGCGGUUUAUUGCUGCAACCACUCGGCGAUGCUUCUCUCUCCAUCCACCGCCGUUUCCACCUCCGUUAGCUCUUCUUCUUCUUCUUCAUCGCUCAUUGGCUUCCUCAGCUUCCCUCGUCUCAAAACGCUGCGUUUCAAGUCCAGAAACGCGUAUCCGAAACUUAGAGGCUUUUCAGUCUCGGCAUCUUCGAGGUCUCUCGAAGCUCUGAUUUUCGACUGCGACGGCGUGAUACUGGAAUCGGAGAAUCUACACCGUCAAGCUUACAACGACGCUUUCUCGCAUUUCAACGUCCGAUGUCCUUCUUCUCCGGCCGAGUCUGUCAAUUGGAGCCUCGAGUUCUACGAUAAGUUUCAGAACCUAGUCGGAGGCGGGAAACCCAAAAUGCGAUGGUACUUUAGAGAAAACGGAUGGCCAUCAUCCACCGUUUUCGAGUCACCUCCGGAGAAUGACGAUGAUCAAGCCAAGUUAGUCGAUACUCUUCAGGAUUGGAAAACUGAGAGGUACAAAGAAAUCAUAAAAUCAGGAAGUGUAGAAGCAAGACCUGGUGUAGUAAGACUAAUGGAUGAAGCAAGAGCUGCUGGGAAAAAAGUAGCUGUUUGUUCUGCAGCUACAAAGAGUUCGGUUAUAUUAUGUCUCGAGAAUUUAAUCGAGCUCGAGCGAUUCAAAGGACUGGAUUGCUUCCUCGCAGGUGAUGAUGUCAAGGAGAAAAAACCUGAUCCUUCCAUAUAUAUAACAGCUGCAGAGAAGCUAGGUGUUUCAGUGAAAGACUGUUUGGUCAUAGAGGACAGUGUCAUUGGCCUCCAGGCAGCUACAAAAGCAGGGAUGUCAUGUGUCAUCACGUACACUUCUUCAACCUCUGAUCAGGAUUUCAAAGACGCGAUCGCUGUGUACCCUGAUCUCAAUAAUGUGAAAUUGAAAGACUUGGAAACUCUGCUUCAGACCAUUGUCACUGCAGCUUAA